AUAGUUUCUUCCCUGUAACUAUCUACAGGACAGUUCUGAUAUACAUGGAAUAUAUUUAGUUGUAGCGCCUUUACCACAUGCUGUGAACAACAUUCUCCUUUUGUGGCCAAAAUGGUGAUUUGUGGGGACAGACAUAGAGAUAAAUGUGGUUGAACUUGAACAUUAAUAAUCAAUAUGGGAAAUAAGAACAGCCAAACGGAAGUACAAAACACUACAGAAGGAUCAUCUGUUGACACUUUGCCCCAACCGAAUCCAGUUUCUAAUAGGAACGCAUCACGUUACAAGGUUACAAAAAGCGAAGGAAAGUUAACGGAUAUAUUAAGUAAAACAUUGCUGACAAAAGAACAAGACGUUCAUACAAAUGAAUUACCUGCAUCUGUAGUGAGAUCAAGUUCGCGAACGGUUGAAAAAGACACCAAUGAUAAAGACAUUAGAAAAGAUGCAGUGGAAUCAUACAUAGACGAGACAGACGGAAGAGAUGGAAACGAUGACUUUACCUCACUUUCAAACCAAGCUUCGACUUCUCCGACACUUGAUGAUCUGUUGGAUGAAGACAAAAGAGAAAACGUCCAUGAUGUGCUAAAUGACAAAAAAGAAGGUGGGCAAGAAUCUGAAACCUUGUUGAACAGUAAAAAUAUUCAAGACGAUUUUGAGAAUUCUGCUUCCGAUAAAUCACAGGAUAGUUACAACGUGGAAGAGACUUGUCCGAUUGUUGAAGACCUUGAUCUCAUUAGUGAGGAAAGUGACCAUGCUUCUAGUGAGGAUAUCGAGGAGUUGGAGAUUGAUGAUAAAGAAGACCAGCAGAAAGAGAUAAAUGCAGAAAUCCAAAUGCAGGUGAAGAGAUUCUUUGAAUCUAUUGAGAAAGUGGAGAAUGACCAUCAAGAGAUUCUAAGCUUAAUUAACAAACGUAGCAUGUCUCAGAAAGAACUGAAUGAAGAUGGAUUGAACAUUAUUGCAGAACUUGAAAGCAUCAUUGAGAAGUUCACACAGAGACAGAAAGAAAAAGACGAAGCCAUCCAACACCUCAAAGCGAUUCUGUCCACACUCACAUGGAAACUGGGCGUGAUUGAACAGGAAAUUCAGAAUCUGCAGUCUAGAGAAGAAGUUGUUGAUCUCACUAGAAAAUGCGAUGGAAACGGGCAAUCAGAUGAGGCAACGACUGUAAGAAACGACCAAUCAGAUGAGGCAACGACUGUAAGAAAUGGCCAAUCAGAUGAGGCAACGACUGUAAGAAACAACAUCACUACUCCAUGGCCAGUACAAACAGCAGAGAAGAAUGUGUCGCAGGAGUCACCACAAGUUGAAACCCGAAAAGAUGGAACUGUUGUCAUAGUUAAGGAACAAAGCAAUAAAGAUGUGGAUAGAAAAGACACAAGUUCUUAUCAAAGCUCAACAGGUCGAACAAUGAAAGAGAAUGCCAUGGAAGAUAGUAGAACACCCCACUUCGACGGAACACAUAAUGCGGAGAGCAGAGAUAAAAGUUACGAAAAUAUUCCAUCUACAGCUUCAAAUACACGGUCAUCAUUACCAGUUCAAUCUCAAGAACUUGAACAAGAAAGACAUACUAACAAUGGAGUUUCGAAGAGCAACAACCGAAGUAACCCUGACAACAAGAAUCGUGCAGAUAUGUCCAACUUUCUGGAAACUCAAAAUGUCUUCGCCAGUAAAAGUAAAAAGACCCUUCCACAAACUUACUGGUCGGACAAAGCCAGGGAUAUGUUGAUCAAAUGUAUCCGUAAUAAGAGACAAAGUGAUAUGAAAUGUGGACCAUAUACAGUUCUUUGCCUGGAUACAUCCGGCAGCAUGUGGGGAAACGCAUUUCAGACAAUGAUCAACCUUUCUCUGAAAUUCUUAUCUGGAGUCAAAGAUAACAGUGGAAUUGCGGAAAAGGUUGGUUUGGUUUGUUUUGGAGCAGACACAAGAGUGAUCAGCCAUUGUUGUUUGGAUUUUCCACCACUGAAACGAGAGAUCAAAAAACUUAGUCCAGGUGGUCCGAGUCCCUUGACUGCUGGACUGAUGCUUGCCUUAGCACUGGUCAGUGGCGGAGUGACAAUUCCUCAUGUCAAUGGAACUGGUUUCGGACCCCGAAUCAUCGUGUUCACUGAUGGCGUGGUGACCCCAGAACUGGUAACAGACUGUGAGGACUACGUUCCCCAGGGAAGAGAUGUGUUAGAGAUUGUUUCGAGUAUCUCUAUGGUGGCCAAUCACUUCCAAAUAAAAAAUAGGAACAGGGUAUAUUUCGUUCCUUUGGGAGAGGCUAAUCAGGCUAUGAUAAGUCCGUUGGCUGAAGCUACAUGUGGUAAAAUCAUCCAACCAGCCAACUUUGACAAACUGAUAUACCAAUAUAAAGCUGAGUUUCUUGCUGCACAUCUUCGUGAACAUUUCCCAAACUAUCAAGAAGCCGAUCUCCACAUGGUGAAGAUGGCUGCAGAGUCUUCAGGAGCCUCACUCAGGGGGAUAGACAUGGAUGAUCUCGUGGAAUAUGUGAGGAAUCCACCUCCAAUGAUACGUAAAGAUGAAGAUGACGAUGAUGAUUAUGAUAAUGAUGGGAAGGGUGCAUAUGAGGGGUCGUCUAACAUGCCACCGAUAGGUACCAGGGUCAGAAGAGGGCCUGAUUGGGAAUCAAAGUUCAACGGACAGGAUGGAAAUGGUCCAGGCACGGUAAUAAGCCAUGGACAAGGAGAAACCGUACUAUGGCAGGUCCACGACAGAUACGAAGGCUGGAAGGACUUUCCACCGGAAGUCAGCAGUAGGUUAGAAAUGGCUCACCAAAAGAACCCCCAGGGAAUGUUUUCUUACUUAAAGAACCAAAAAAGAUUCCAGGUUCAGUUAUCCAAAAUGAUACAUAUCCAUCCGGUCACCAAAGAAAUGUCUGGAGUGAGGAGAAAGGUCACUGGAGUGUAGCGUUACCAUGGUUACCAACACCAAGUGCAUGUAGUUUGAAAUUCUUUCAUUGAUUUGUAACUUAAGUCAACUUGCAUGUAAUUUGUAUUCGUAUAUUGAUAAACAAAAUUGAAACUAUGUAAGAUUAGUGUAGGAGACUGUGUGCAAGAGAUAACCUUAUUAGUUGAAUUGUCUUCUACUCUUUCGUGAAUACAAUCAGUUACAAUAAGUCUAUUUGUUAUUAACUACGCGUAAAGAAGUGAAAAUUCUGUCGUAUUCAUAAACAUGCAUCGCUGGAUUCAGAGAAUACCGAUCCAUAUUCUUCUAAAGCAUGGAUAUAUAGAAUGCUUUCAGUCAACAAUGUGUUCAUACUCUUUCUCACACACAGAGAGAUAUACAUGUACUUACAUAAUUGUGGACAACCUUUUUCUGUGUGAUUUGUGUGCAUGGGUAGCAUAAUUACUGAUUUUAUGCUUUAUAAUGACGUUUAUUUCAUUCAUUAUCAACACUCUUGAUACUGUAUACCGGUGUAUGUACUUGUGUCUGGGGGAAAAAGAUGUCAUUGUUAUUUUUCAGAAUAUUAUUACCUGUCUCAUACAUUACUUUAAGGUUGAUCGAUCCUCAUGUGAUGUCAUAGGUUUUUACAAAAUCUUUAUUUUAUUAAAUUUUGGGCAUGAUUGAAAUAUAUCUUUAAGAGGAAUUGUAUUCACUGAAUAAAAUAAAAAAAUUGGUAAACUUUUGAUACUGAAAAAGUUUUUAUUUUCCAUAGAUAAUCAAUUAUUUAUAAUUUUAAAAAUUUUGUCAAGGGCAAUAACUCCUAUACUGGAAUUUCCUCAACUGCAUGUCUAUGACACAAUGAUUUCACUAAUAUCCACAAUUAAUUUUUAUAUAUCUAUGAAUUAUCAGAUUUCUUAAACUGUUGACAUUUGAAAUUUGUCAUUUCAACAAGAGAUUAUUAAUUUUCAUCAUUCUGUUUAACGAAAAUGUGCGAUUUUUUUAUGUUGAUAUAUGCUUCUGUUUUUGUAUGUCUGACAUCUUUAAAAGGGUGGCAGCAUGCACAUUUUCUUUGGUUAUUGGUUAGAUUAAACUAUAUUGAGUGGAGAUUAAUACAGUUUUUCCACUUUUAACCAUUCUUAUAGAUAAGUCACAUGAGGAUCGACCCACCUUAAAAGCAAUUUUCUUCUACAAUGUAAAUACAGAUGUAUUUUUCAUAUAAUUUGAUUAACGUGUCAUUUGUUGGGAACAAUUGUCAAAUACAAGUAUAUUUUUAAACAGUGGUUUUUGUUUUAGAUAUCAUUUAUAUACCGCACUCUCUCUCUCUCUCGAUCACGGUAGAAUGCGGGUAGAUAGUCCUCACGUGCUUCUUAUCAUCGAGAAGCAAGUUGACAAAAGUGUCAUUUUAUGGUCGCUUACCUCCGUUCAGACCCCCACUCAUUGUUUCUCUAAAACUGUUCUUGUCCACAAAUCAAUCACAAAAGUUAUUAAUGUAUAAAACAGGACGGAAGGCAGUGUUCGUGAUCUAUUUAUAUUUCAAAAAACAAUCAUUGAAUUUUCCUCGAUUUUAUUUAUGUUCAGAUAUUAAUAUUUGAUCUGUAUCCUAAAAUAUACGAUAAAUUCAAUAUACCAUAUAUAAUCGGGUUACGUUUAGGAGAAUUAUGGAAAUACGAGAUAAGCGUAAAAAUGUCAGAAUGAGUCAAUCAAGCUGUGCAUCGAGUAUCUGUCUUUACAAAUAUUUAUAUACAUAGUAUUAUAAUGCCACAUUUAAAAAUCCAUGGUUUGGAUUCAUUCAUAGAAUUUUAAACAUACAUGUAUGUGGACUCUCUAAUAUAUGAUAUGAACAAGGUAUUGUGAAUGAAAAAUGGAUAACAUUAUUGAUGGAUAGCAUUAUUACUCAAAUAAGCAUUAUUACUCAAAGAAGUGAUAUAUAGAUAUGAUGUAUAUGUUUAUUUUUCCUCCAGUGAUAUCGUGUGUAUAUUUUAUGUAUAUAUUUUAUGUUAUGCUAUCUAUUUUUCUAUUCUCUCACUUAUCUGUCUGUGAGUAUGUUUUAUACAGGACCACAAUGUAAACUAGUCAUUUGUACUAAUUGUGCUAUCCUGUCUAAAUAAAAGAAUUUAUUAUUUAUUAUUAUAACAAACGUUGUAAACCAAAGUUUAAAGGAUCUAUUUGUCAAGACUUAGUUAAGUGAUGUUCGAGCUCUUCCAAGGGUACAAUGUACAGAAAUUUUAAAACAAGCAGCAUCUCUUUGAAAUUUCGUACCACGAACCGUCGCCUCCCAGUAGAGACUGACCGAUGGUUUAGUAUACCAUAUAACGAAAGAUUAUGUGUUUUAUGUAAUGAAACAAAAAUUGCAAAUGAAUAUCAUUUUGUGUUAGAUUGCAGUGCGUUAUCCGAUAUCAGAAAAGCAUAUCUGCACGGAAAAUAUUGUACGAGACCAAAUAUAAUGAAAUUAUGUCAACGAGUUUUUUGGCACGCUGUUUUUGGUUAUAUUUAGCUCCAAAACUUCAUAGUUAUUUCGGAUUUCAAACAUUUCGGUUGAGCAUCACUGAAGAGACAUUAUUUGUCGAAAUGCGCAUCUGGUGCAUCAAAAUUGGUACCGUAUAAGUUUUACAUUAAAACCCUGUGCAUGUUAAUUUUAAAGAUAUGCGAAUUAGUCUGUUCUCCUUAACACACAACUUCAAUUUGUUGUACAUAUUUAUGUAUAUAUUUCACUAUGUUCAUUUGCAUACCUAUAUACAUUCCUCUGACGUUACUUGUAUUGAUACAUGAAAUUUCUGUAUUGUACCACGUGUACCGCUUCAAUUCAAUUCAUUUAUUCACUCACUAAAACAAAGACUACAAGAUGUGUUUAUACAAGAAAUUAAUAGUGUUUAUUCACUCACUAAAACAAAGACUACAAGAUGUGUUUAUACCAGAAAUCAAUAGUGUUUUUGAGACGUCACCAAAAUGUAACUUAUAUAAAUAUGUCAAUGAAGGUUUUAAAUUACAAUUGUAUCUUACAAAAUCUGUUCCAAGUGUGUAUGUUCAAAAUAUUACAUGUAAUAAAUACCGAUUAUCCUCGCAUAGAUUAGAAAUUGAACAAGGUAGAUUUAGCAAUAUUCCAAGAAACGAAAGAAAAUGUAAAUUAUGUUCAGAGAGUAUUGAAGAUGAAUAUCAUUUCAUAUUAGUAUGUCCUUUUUAUAAGGAUUUUAGGAAACAGUAUUUAAAGAAAUAUUAUUAUAAACACCCCUCCACUUUCAAGCUUAUCCAACUAUUAUCAACUGGAAAUAUUACGGAAUUAUGUAAACUUGGUAAAUACCUAUACAAAUGUUCAUCUAUUAGAUCUCAGUUAUUUAUAAGAUUAUCCUCAGUAUCUAUCAUGUCCAUGUACAUCAGUAUGAUAUCUUAUGUUUUGUUAUCAUUUCAUUGUAUAAUUUGUUCUUGUAUAUACUUUAUACCUAUAAACUGUAUGGUUCUUGGUCAAUAAACAAUACAAUACUCAAAA